AUGACUAAAAAAAUUGAUGAUUAUGUUAAAGUAUUAAUUGAAGAUGAUUUAAAGACUGAGAUGAGUCAAAGAGAAAUUGCAAUUAAAAGAGGUGUAAGUAAAUCUUUUGUUAAUAAAAUAAAUAUUAAAUUACAAAAGAAUAUAUCUUUAGGUCGAAAAUAUGGUUCUGGUAGAAAAUAA